AUGUUAAUAACUCCUCUGUUGUUGCUUUGUGUUGCUAUUUGUUUGUCGCCUACGGCAUCGGUCAUAGAUGAUUCAAAAGCAAAUUUUCAACCUCAAGUGACACUGAGAACAUGGGAACAAGCUAUUGCCAUGGCUAAAUCAUUUAUUGCUCAAUUGACGUUACAAGAAAAAUGCCAUUUAACAGCAGGUGUCCGUGGGACAUGUGCUGGUAAUAUUGCAUCGCUACCACGUGUCAAUUUUAGUGGCGUCUGUCUUCUAGAUACACCAUCAGGUGUUGGUGAUGGGGUUUUAUAUUCAACUGCAUUUGUAAGUGGCAUUCAUAUAGCAGCGACAUGGGAUCGAGAUUUGUUUUAUCGACGUGCUGUUGCAAUCGGAAAAGAAUUUCGAGGCAAAGGUGUCAAUUAUGCACUUGGCCCUAUGGUGAAUAUAGAUCGAAAUGCUCGACAUGGUCGUAACUGGGAAGGAUUUGGCUCGGAUCCAUAUCUUUCAGGUGAGAAUGCAUUUUUCUACACUCAAGGUGUUCAAGACCAAGGUGUUGUUGCAACAGCAAAACAUUAUAUAUGUAAUGAGCAGGACACGCAUCGCAGUGGUGUCAUGAAAGAUGCUAAUGAUGCCGUAGUUUACUCAGCCAAUCUUGAUGAUAAAACUAUGCAUGAAAUUUAUCUUUGGCCGUUUGCAUCAAGUGUUGUUGCUGGAACAGGCUCUAUUAUGUGUUCAGCCAAUGAAAUUAAUGAUACGCGAGCUUGUCAAAAUAAUAAAACACAAAAUGGUUUGUUGAAAGGAGAAUUAGGAUAUAUGGGCAAUAUAUUGACGGAUUGGAUGGGAUCAAAAUCAACAGUCGAUCCAGUUUUAUCAGGAUUAGAUAUUGAUAUGCCAGGUAACGAUGAAUAUAUGGGUUAUACAUUAGUACCAUUUGUUCAAAAUGGAAGUAUUCCUGAAUCAAGAAUUGAUGAUAUGGCCACACGCAUUAUCGCACCUUACUAUCUUGUUGGACAAGAUCAAGAUUAUCCAACGGUUGAUCUUGACCGUGAUACCAUGGAAAAUAACUAUAUAAUUAAUCGAGAAGCCAGUCGUGCUGGUAUGAUAUUACUAAAAAAUGUCAACAAUAUAUUACCAUUAAAUUCUUCCGUCAAUACAAACAUUUAUAUCUAUGGACAAGCAGCUGGUCAAACGAAUUGUGGCCUUGAACAAACAUCAUGGAAUGCAAACUGUGGAGGUGCAUUAUAUCAAGGUGGUGGUUCAGGCUUUGUUAGACCAGCCUAUGCUAUAGAUCCUCUCACUGCACUGAUGCAAAAAGGUCGAGAUGAUCGUCUUCAAAUUCGAUAUAUUACCAAUCAAAACGAUUUUGUUGCCAUUAAUAGUACAUUCAGAGAUCGUGGUUUUCAAAAUGCUAAAUGUCUUGUAUUUAUUAGUGCUUGGUCGGAAGAAGGAAUAGAUCGAACCGAUCUAUAUGCUUUUGAUAAUGGUGAACAACUUGUUCUAACUGUUGCUCAAAAUUGCCGACAGACUAUUGUUCUUGUUAACAGUGUCUCACAACUAAAUCUUGAACGGUGGGUUGAUCACCCAAACGUCGUUGGUGUUCUCUGGACUGGUAUGCCUGGCUCUGAAUAUGGACCUGCUGUUGUCGAUAUUCUCUUUGGUGAUUAUAAUCCAGGCGGAAAGCUUGUCUUCUCACUAGCCAAAAAUGAUUCCGACUUCGGAACUGAUAUUAGCCCAACAGGUGACUCAAAUUAUACAGAAGGUGUCUUCUUAGAUUAUCGUCAUUUCGAUAAAUACAAUAUUACGCCAAGAUAUUAUUUUGGGUAUGGUCUUUCAUAUACUAAUUUCUCGUUUGAUAAACUUCAAAUUUCACAAGCAAACGAUGAUGAUAAAAACUCUCCAGUAUCAUUAUAUAAGCAACGUCGAAUGAGACCUUAUAAUAAUUUUGGUCAUUCGGGAUUAUAUGAUCCUGUUUAUACAAUUACAUUUACUAUUAAAAAUACUGGUAACUACUAUGGAUCAGAAGUAGCACAGUUAUAUCUUGGUUUUCCUGUUCAAGCACAAGAACCACUGAAAAUACUACGAGGAUUUGAACGAGUCUAUUUAGAGCCCAAUGAAUCAAGAGAAGUUACAUUAGUAUUAUCACAAAAAGAUAUCUCUUAUUGGAAUGUAGUCAAUCAACAAUGGGCAAUAGCUUCAGGCACACAUACAGUAUGGAUAUCAAUAUCUGCCAACAAUGCUGAUAUUAAACUUCAAGGUUCCUUUAGUGUCUAA